AGCCCAGAGCAAAACCCUUGGACCCUCAUUCCCUUUCGUCCUCCAGAGCCCCGAACUUUCGCGCACACACAGUGAAUGACUUAACUAUAUUGGAGAGAGAGAAGGAUAUCUUUGGAGAAUUUGAAGAAGGAAAAAUGGCGGUGAGGAUAAGGCUGUCUCGGUUUGGGUGCAGGAACAAGCCGUUCUACCGGGUGAUGGCCGCCGAUAGCAGAUCUCCUCGAGACGGCAAGCAUUUGGAAGUCCUCGGCUACUACAAUCCUCUCCCUGGUCAGGAUGGCGGUAAGCGGAUGGGUCUUAAUUUUGACAGGGUGAAAUAUUGGCUCUCUGUUGGUGCACAGCCUUCCGAGCCUGUUCAACGUCUUCUUUUCAGAUCAGGAGUGUUGCCUCCACCACCUAUGUUGGCAAUGGGACGAAAAGGAGGACCAAAGGAUACACGGUGGGUUGAUCCAAUGACAGGACGUGUUUUUGCGUUGGAGCCAUCAAAGAAUGCUAAUCCCAAAUCAGAUGCCAAUGAUGACAAGGUAGAUGUAGAUGAAAGUGCUGCCACUGCUUGAACCCUUCCUGAACUCAAGCUGGAAGACCUACUCUUGAUUUUGGAAAUGUCCAUAGAAGUACCAGAUCUGCUCAUUGACGUUUUCUUUUGAUGAUCUUUAAAAUGUGCUGCCUGGAAGCUGUGCUAACCACAGAAUGGAGAUAGUUGUCAGUUGCUUCGUUUAUGAUGCUUUCUCACUUUCUUCUUGUUUGGUCCCCAUAAUGCGCUGAUCUGAAAGAAUUCUGUGCGGAGUAAAACCAAAAUUUCUUUUUUUUUUUUCCGGAAUUAUUCUUUAAACUCCGAUGUACUCUAUUGCAGUGCCAUCAUGCACGAGUGAAAUGUGUAGAUGUUUCAUUGUAUAUGAAUUUUCCUUGAUCGUA